AGCUGUACAUAAGGACUGAAACCUGGCCAAGUUAUUUUCUGAUCACAAUGACAUCAUAUCUCAAGUCCAGAAUAGGGUUCCUCCCUUCUCUGGGUUAUAACCUGGUGCUGGAGAAGCUCGGACAUCGUGUAUGGUACCACGAAAUCUGCCCACAUGUAGUGCUAGGGGCCAUCCCUCUCUGGUCUUCAGUGGACGAUCUGGUGCAGAAUGUGGGAGUGAAAGCGGUUCUCUCUAUGAACGAGAAGUUUGAGCUCAAGUAUCUUACUCCCACAGAUGAACAGUGGCUGUCGAUGGGAGUUGUGCAGUUGAAUUUGCCAGUGGUGGAUUUUGUGGGGUCCCCCACUCGGCAGCAGAUUCACCAGGGCGUCCAAUUCAUCCAUGACAAUGUGUCUAAACAGUGUACCGUUUAUAUCCACUGUAAAGCGGGACGCAGUCGAAGUGCAACAAUGUUGGCCUGCUACCUCCUACGUCACUGGCAACUCACGCCACAAGAAGCCACAGCAUUCCUGAUAGAGAAAAGAAGUCACGUCGUGUUUGGGGACACCAACUUGCGCACCAUCCAACAUUACUACGAUUACUUAAAAACAAACAAGAUUGUACAAAAUGAAAACUGCUGAAAAUCAUUAUUGUGUUUGUCUUCACGUUGUUAGACUGCAAAAUAUUUGUUUUUAAAUUAGUCUUCUAGAUUCGAAAUUCCAGGAAAUUGAAGUGAUGUCAUUUUAUGCUAGUUGAAUUAUUUUCUGAUAUAGAUAAGUUUUUCUGGAAA